CCAUUAAGCAAAGAACUAACUAAGUUAAAUUAAAAACACGUCAUACAGAGAAGCUGUUAUCCGAAUUUGCGUAGGCUUUGAAAGCGAAUUCGUUGAUAAAUGGAUCGAAUAAUCGAAGAGGAACAAGGGUGGACCAUGGUCAACCCAGUAACCUACGUGUUCCAAUUCUUUGCAAACUAUGGCUGGUACAUGCUCGGAGCUGCCGGUGUGUCAAUCUAUUUGAUACAAAAGCUUAAACCCAAGUAUGAAAGCUGGAAACAAGCUCGGGAGGAUGCUGAGUACCAUAAAGACCCUGAUAAGUCACUGGCUCGUAUGGAGGCGAUACAGCGCGCCCGCGAGCGACAGCAACAGUUAUUAGAGGCAGCCUCCCGAAGAGCCCUGGAACAACAGAAAGAGCGUGAAGAACGCAAGCGGCAGGAGGCUCUCGAGCGCCUGGAGAAGUAUGGUGCUAAGGGCGGGGAGAGACUUGGUUCUGCGGAUGAUGACUAUUUGCCACUGAGCGGUGGUGCCUCCACGUCAUCAUACAAACCACCGAAGCGUUCAGCGUGCUCACGGGGGGGUUGCGGGCGAUAAGGGGUUAGUUGGGGCAAGGGGGGUUCUUAAAGAGACGGGGGUUGACAAGAGGAUAUUGGUUUAUAUUGUGGUCAUUUUAAAUUGGAAGAAAAGAGCGUUAUCUGUAAUGCUGUUAUGUUAUUGAUUAGCGAAUAAGAAACUGUCUACUUUGCCGUUGGUUAAGUAAAUGGUCGCGAGUCAUGCAUUCAAAGGUUCAAGGACAAAAAAAUCUUAACUCAUUUUAAAUUUCGACUUUGUUUAAAUAGAAGAUCUUUUUCCAUUAUACGUAAAUCUUACAGUUACGUGUAAAUCUAGAAUUGAAAUGGUUUCAAUUAAAUUGCUUAAUGAAUUUA